AUGCAGAAGGGGAUGACAGUAUGGGAGAUGCUCGGGUGCAUACGGAAACGUGGUGGGCUGAUUCAGUACUCCCCCCAAGAAUACUCAACUCGCCGGGAUUACAUCAGGUUGGCAGUGUGCUCCCUUGCACUGGAUCUUGCCUUCGGGGACUUGGCAUUCGAUCAGACGGUCAUCUGUUACCUUUUCUCGGCGAGAGCGAAAUGCUGGGCUUCAGACCGGCAGUAUGCAAUCAUGAGAUGGUGUGUCAAGCACAUGGAUUAUAUGCGAGGCACACGAGGCCCCUGCCAAAACUGA